AUGGUGGUCGAGGAGAUGCUCGCGUUCUGCGAAGGUCUGAGUAACCCAAAGCUGGGUGUUGGGGCAUAUCAUCGUAGCAGCUGCGAGGCUCAUGCUCAUGGCUCUCGCACGCAGAUCAAAGGUGGGGUCACGCACUACAGCGCAGCCCACUCGGUCAACUGCGACUCCUGCUACGGGCUUUACCCGGAAAGGGGCGAGGAGUACGCGGACGGGUCCAUCAAGAAUAUCCAUCUCAACCCCAUCAACACUUACGUGGAGAACAAUUGCGCCACGAUGCUCAGCACCACGCUAGUGAAUGACACUAUCGCCACUGCCGCAGAGGCGACUACGACGGACAAACCCGAGGACUUAGUGCAGUAUCACGAAUCACUUUCUAGCCAUGCCAACGUCGCACUGGAAAUUUCAGAGCUUUCUCGUGCUCAGCACGACUUUAUGCAAGAAUUAUGGGUCAACUAG